AGUCGAGAGCAACGCGGUCUGUCAAUGCAGUCUUGGGCGAUCAGCUAGGACGGUCAUAUAUAGAGGACCGGAGAGUGUUCCGGUCGUCUUCGUCGCAAUGGACUACUUGAUGGAGAGAGGCUAUGAUGUUGAAUGACGGAUGAUCAUUCGCUCAUCGUUUCUUUUUCGCAUCCAUGGUGCUGAGGAGGAGUUCCAUAUAUGCCUGACGAUAGGCUUGAGUCGCGGCGGAUUGGUACUCGACAUCAGGAUCGGAGAGUUUGGAAGGGACAUUUGCGGACCAUUGUUGGAUAUCUUGAGCCUUGUCUGCGCCUAGGUAGCGGUGUUGUUGUUGUUGUCGUGUUUGGCUGGCCAUUGAUGAAGUGGUCGAGGACGAUGAUGACAUUGUUGGUCGAUAUCGUUGAAGGACAAGUUUUAUUUUCCUCUACUCGAUUUAAUGUUCGUCGAUCUUAUGAUACUAAUUUUGUUGGCGGUCUUUGUUCGCGAAAUUUAAAUCAAGUGUCGCAGAGAAGGAUAUCGGUUGACGAGGGUAGAGAUGGCGAGUUUGCAGCAGCAAAAGGUUGGUCGAGAUCACACUUCGGAGGAAUAGCGAGGGAAGGGCAGAUGGUGACUUGAUAUGUGAUCUGUACGAUUAUCUACACUCAGAUAAGGGUUGGAAGGUAUCGUGAAAUUAA